AUGUGUGGCACGCCACUGGACUUGACGACAUUUUCCUCCCUCCAUCUUUUUCCUUCUAACAAUCAUGUCUGGACGUACGUAUGCGCAAAUGUUCUGACAGCAGGUGGCAAGGGUGGAAAGGGACUUGGCAAAGGCGGUGCAAAGCGCCACCGCAAGAUCUUGCGCGAUAAUAUCCAGGGUAUUACAAAGCCAGCGAUUCGGCGCUUGGCCCGUCGCGGUGGUGUGAAGCGUAUUUCCGGCCUGAUCUACGAUGAAACGCGUGGCGUUCUCAAGCUGUUUCUUGAGAGCGUCAUCCGGGACUCGGUCACAUACACAGAGCAUGCAAAGCGCAAGACUGUCACGUCGCUUGAUGUGAUUUAUGCACUCAAACGCCAAGGCCGCACGCUUUACGGUUUCGGUGCAUAA